GGACGAACUCAUCCUAGACAGCGGCUGCAAAAUGCUUCCUGGUCAACGGGUUUCCCUAAAACUUCCCCUGUAUAAUCUGACAGCUCGGACCUUCGGUUGAACGCGUCUAGUUUUAGAGUCAGAGGAGGGUGUGACACACGGCAGAGAAGAGUUGCUGAAAGAGAUACAGCUCUAACAGUGGCAUUUCGUGUCUCGCAAAGACGACGACGUAUGAUGCCAUCGGCGUUCACUGCUGUGGAGUGUAACUAGCGCCACGCGAUGACUACAGGUUGAGAAGUGAGUGAGGGAAAAGGGAGACGGAGAUCAAGGAGAGGAGAGACUGACACACACCUCACACACUGGAGUUUGGAGUCACUGUGCAGCCCUGAAAGAAGGCAGAGUGUGAGCGGACAGGCCUGGGGUCUGUGCAGCUCCACAGCCUGUAAAGUGAGCUGAGCGCUGCCCCACUCUGCACUCAGGCUGCCUCAGCUCUCGCCUGCCGCAGCCCAGAGAUACAAAGAGACCAAAGACUGAGAGAGACAGAGACUCGCUACAAUCAUGAGGCUUUCCCCUCCAUCGGCUCCACGGCGUCACUCUUGAGGUCUGCUUUGCUCUGGUGCCAGAUCUGCGGUUCACAAUGAGGGUGAAGAGAUGAGCUUGCAGCGAGCAGCCCUGUCCCUGCAGUUCCUGCCACUGGACAUUUACUGAUUCCUACAACCCGGAAGGCGAUGUCCCAGUCUCCCAGAUAGCACUUCUGAGGACGAGGCCUUCACAGCACGCAUUGUGCACCAUGGCAGGAGAGACUCAGCGCAUGCAUGCAGUCAAAGAGCUGGACGCUGAGUCCAAACUGCAGGAUGAGGGGACGGCGCUGGAGCAGCAGAGUGAGAAAACCACAAAGGAGUCUUCAGAGCACUUUUCAAGCACAGGCACUGAGACCAGAGCCAACGGCAGAGGGGCCAAAACUGAAAAACUAGAGAAGGAAAGGGACUGUCCCCAGCAGCGCGAGGCUGUCAUUCGGCCACAGCAGACAGGAAAGAUUGACUUCAGGUCACUGCAGAACCGAUCAAAGUUUGCCACUGACAGGACUUGGUCGAGUGGCAAAGGCAGUCCUCAGUCCCCAAGUGGAAAGGGCCGCAGCCGAGAGAAGGGGAAGCGGUCAGGAAAAGCAGAGCGUGGCAACCCGCAGCAGCUGUACAGACUAAGCAUUACAAAUCCACGCACCGUUGGCAUUGCCUACCCACAGCAGAAAGUUUUGCCACCCAAGAAGUUGGAAACCAGUCGUGGCCCAGUUUCGGGCAGCUAUAGAUUCCACGUUCCCAGUAUACCAGAGAGAGAGGCCGAACUACAGCACGAAGAGCUGAACUACAGCCGCUGCUUCCAGGAGGCUUCCUCUAACCUUACCUCCCCAAGCUAUACCUCACAGGCACUGGGUUCCUCCAGUGGAACAUCAUCCCACCCACAUCCACCCCUGUCACAGCAGCAGCAGCCAGCAUCAAUGGAGAACAGCAAUGCACAGCCUGGAAGCCAGCUGAUCCUGGCUGACUUUCAGCUGAGUGGCUCCAAUGCAUGGCAGUCUCCUGAAAGGACUUUUAAUGGUGCUAACUAUGGGGUUUCAUCACAAAAAUCCACUGCUCUCUCAGAAGCCAAUAAGGCAAGUUCCUUUGUGCCUGCUCCAUUUCAGUAUGGAUAUCAUUUAAUGGAAGAAUCAGCCUCUGACUCUUUUCCCUGUGAACAGAACCCCCAAUCCCAAGACUUUACAGACUCCUCCCUCGGUUCUGUUCAUGUGACCCAUAACUCCUUUUCUUUUAUGCCUGGAGGAGGGCAACAUAUCGCUCAGAACAGCACUCAGUUCAGUAAUGAACACCAGCUGGAGGAUCGAAGCUCUUAUCCUCACCCCCCACAGUCGCAGUUCAUUCCAGGAGUGGCAUCGUCCAUCCAGUGUCCGAGGAAUCUGAGCGAGGAUUCAGCCAGCAGUGACAGCUCCGGCUCAAGCUCUCAGCAGUCAGAACAGGGGAAGACUGCCCUGCCUGAGAGCACAGACACUGUUGGACAGGCAGACAGCAGGGAUGCAGCCAUCACCUCGGGGAGUAAGAGAAACUGUCGCCCUAAAGACACAGCUGCCAACCAAAGAACACACAUUCAAGGGAAUGUGCACCCAAGAAAUAUUUCACAAGGUCCAGGCUCCCCAAUGCACUUUCCUAACAAAACAUUUAACAACCCUCCAGUCAGUAACAUUCGCACAGGCUCGAUGCCUUUUGAUAAAAACAUCAACAAUAAGGUUCUAAAUAGGUUACCGCACUCUUGGGAGGGGUCUAACAAGGCGUAUUCGUCAGUGGAUCAAAACACAAUUCAGUACACUGAUAUGAAUGAUAAGUUUCAGUUUCAGAACCAGCCAGCACUUGACCAAAGGCCAAACUCAUCUAAAAAUAGCAGAAUGUCCUGGCAGCAGAUACGGUCAACCUCUGCCAUGCCGAACCAAAACAGAAUUGAGUUAUCUAGGCAAAUAAGCAAUCAGAAAUUGGCUUACAUAGUCUCUCCCUCUGACUGGCAGGAUGAUCAUAAAUCCCAUAAACAGAGCUCCCUGAAAAACCCCAGCUCAUUUCAGAACAGCCGAACCAGUGAUGGGUUUUCAAACCAAAGACAGGAGACUCUAAAGCAUAACAGCAAUACAGUCUCGACUUUUAAAGUAGAGAUGAGCCAUGCACAAGUGUGUGAGUCCAAAAAUAAGGCAGUAUACUUUGGACUCAACCAGUCUCUUCCAGCAGCACCAACAAGAAAUUAUAGCUAUCCCCCAUUACAGGUGCCACCCAUGGGGCUUAUGAUGGUGUCGCCUUAUGAAUCCCCUUUGCCCUCCCCAGUUCAUAACCCUGCAUCUAGUAGCACCUGCUCGUCCCUCUCCCCAGCAUCCACCAGCCCUGUCAACAUCAGUUCAGAGGAUAGUCAGAUGUCAAAGUCAGCCCCUCCUCAUCCAUUCUAUCAUCAGACCCAAGGCAAAACUCAGUUACCUUCCGAUCACCUGAGCACUCACCCUCACCAGCUUCAUUCUGAUCCUCCACGGAACCUUCCGUACGCAGCAGACAGAGCCAAAGACGACAUGGUGAGCUACCUGCAAAACAGCACGCAUCCAAAGACAGGUAUGGAUGGAAACAAGGGUUACAUGGAUAGUUUCGGGGUGGAGCAUCACCAGCCUCCCCCACCAUACUCCACACAUCAGCUGUUAGCCAGCUCAUUAGCCACAGCAAAUCUCGACCAGUUGGAUGUACUCCUGACAUGCAAACAGUGUGAUCAGAAUUUCAACAACCUGGCUUCAUUUUUAGGCCACAAGCAAUAUUGUGCUCAGCACACGUUUGCACAGAACGACCUCAAAGACAUAUCAAAGAUGGAUGACAGCAGAAAGUUCAGUGCAGAACCAGCAAAGGUAGUUUCAUCUGUGUCAAGUGUUUCGAUGUCAAGGUGUCCAUCUGACCUUCACCUGUCUUUGCUGGGCCUCAAUAAAAAUGGAGAACUGAUACCUGAGGGUGAAACGAAAGGAGACAAUAAAGAUGAUCCAAUGAAACUGAACUUAUUCUCUGGCCCAGGUAACCUCCCUGUCCCUCUCCCUGAUUUGGAAAUGGAGGAUGCCAAAUUAGACAGCCUAAUCACAGAAGCUCUGAAUGGACUGGGAUAUCAGUCAGACAAUGCAGAGAUAGACAGCAGCUUUAUUGAUGCAUUCGCUGAUGAUGACCUCACCACUGUCAAGACAUCAUCGAACAAACAAUGUCUGAAAACGAAAGAAUCCCUGGUCUUUGAGAGCAAAAAUAAACAAACAGUUGAUGACAGGUCUUUCACACAGGGAAAGUAUUUUUAUGACUCUGAUGUUGAGAGCCCUGAGAAAAUGUCUCUGAAUUUGGAACAAGAUGAGAAAAUUAACAUAAAAAAAGAAGUCUCUCAUAAAAAUUCAAGAAUUGCCUCAAGGGAGAAAACGUGGGAACAAGACAGCAAAGCAAAAGAGUCAAGGAAGCUGUGCAAGAGCGAGGAUGAAAACACAAGCGCACAAAGGUUUCUCUUAUCCAGCAAGUUUUCUGAGCGUUGUGGUGUUAAAAGCUUCCCGGACAACAAUGCACUUAGAGGGUCAACAGCCUCACAGGCCUCCACAUCUCCAACCUCGAGAACUGCAGUGAAAGAGAGCAAGAGGAAAAGCACUGGAGGGGGCACCUGGAGCAAAGAACUUAUUCACAAAAUAGUUCAACAGAAAAACAAGCUCCAUAAGCUGCAUGUUAAAGGGACCAAAAACCUUCAGUUCUCCUUGGUGAUGGAGAGACUGACUCCCAGUGUGCAGAACCCAGCGUUUGGAGAAUACGACUACGUGUCAGACUCUGAUGAUGAAUGUGAGCCUGUAAAAAUAGCAAGUCAAGGCCGAUUGAAUCAAAGUAGUCGGUGUAAAUACACUUACACUAAAGAGUGCAAAUGGCGAGCAAGGACUGAGAGGAACCAGGCAGCGUGGAGACAUGAGUCAAAGGAGUGUUUUGAGAUGAAGAAAAGUGAGGAGGUUUCGCUCUCGCCUGAGAAACCUGGCUGUCAUCAGAGACUCAGGAGGAGGGGUAGCAGGUCGUCUACAAGCAGUGAACUCAGCACAUCUGUGAGUGUUUCAAGCGAUAGUAUCAACAGCCCCAAAAGCACUGACCGCACUGACUCAGACUGUGAGAAGAGGACCGACAAAAAGAAAGAGUCUCCGGAGCAGAAAACCCACGACAGGUCCUCCCCGCAGAAGUUAUUUAAAGAGUCCAGCACACUAGCACUGACAUUCACUAAAUCUGUCAAGAAGUACAAUACUGACAAAGCCAUUCAUUGUGAUAACAAAGACACUACAGAGGAUCAAAAGAAGAAUCAUUCAAAUCCAGAAGUUGUUGAUCCAGUGUCAUGCUCGCAAAAAGCAAAAGACACGACGAAAAACUCAGAAAAAAGCAAAAAUUCUCAGGCUAAAUCAAGAGAGAAACUCGUGUCUCACAGAAAGGAAACCAGCACGACAGUCAGUUCAGACAGAAACACCCUACAGAGAACUGACAAUCUGUGCCCUAAAGAAGAACCAACACAGUUUAGCGGUACAGAUAACAAGACGCUACAGUUUGAUUCACACUCUCCCACCAUCAGCAAAGACACUGAUUUCAAUAUUGACAGAAACACAAAGGGCAAAAGGAGAGAGGGGGCCCAAGCCACACAGCCAGAGCUAUCAGACAGCAGCACAUUUGAAAAACAGAGUGACGGCGUCUGCAUGGUGAAAGAGGCCAUUACUUUAGUCGAUGACCUAGACUCGCACAAGCCUGCGUCCCUUUGCACCUCUUUGAUGGAUGAGGUGUGCCUAUCUCCAACUGAAAGCCAAAGCCCGUUGAUACAAAAGGACACGCUCCCCCUCAUGCCCUACCCUCUGGAUCAGGAACAAGGCCUCAUGAAAUCCCCACUUUCAUUUGACACCUCAUCAAUGUUUGGGGACCUCGCAGGAUUUGACAGCGGCCUUUACUCCGAGAUGCCGAUUCAGAAAGAGGGUUUUCAUUCAAUAGAGAACACGGCUGAUAAAAAGGAAGAGUUCGUGUCAUCUUUCUCGCCUUUUCUGGAACAAAGAGACUGGAACCUCAUUGUCACCCCCGUGCUACCAGAUGAGAUAUCACAGUACAAAGGCAACUCCGAGAAAUCAAAUGAAAAGAAGCCAGAUUACAAUCACGUUUCUUUGUCUCUGCCAGAGAAAAUAAUUGACUACAGUGCAAAUCUCAACAGCUGUGCAUCAGAGGAUGAGCUGGAGAUAAAGAGAAUCGUAAAUGAGCUUGAAAACCAGCUACAGACAGCUAAGCUGGAAAGCCCCCCAUUAUUAGCUCCAGUUGUCCCAAAGCCGGUGCAAAUAAGCAAAUUUUCCCCUUUACGUCUGGACGAUGAGUCAGAGGGUGAAAGCGCUGGUUUGAAUAUCAAAUGCCCUGUGCAAACUAUGGAUGUACCAGUUUCAAAUAUGCCUUCAGAGCCUUUCACUGAAUCAGGACUUCAGUGGUCCAGUGCUUUCCAGUUUGAGCUAAUGGGUGAACACCACAGCCCACACACUCCAAUUCAAAAUGAACCAGGGACACUUGAAAACUUCUCUGAAAAAGAAGGCCAUGCACCAAGUCUGACCUCCACAACUUCACGUAUUGAACACCCACAGCUCUACCACAACCAAGAACCAGAGGAAAGAAGUGCUGAAAAAGAGACUCCUGCAGAGACAAAGGAAGACAUUUUAGAACAGAAGAGAUAUACAGAAAAUCUAAUGAAAAGCCUGGAGGUGAUUUCAGACUCUAUAUUCAAAAAAGAAUCCAUUGUAUCAGUACACAAGAAGCCAAAUGUCACCUCUCCGACGAGCCAGCAACAUCAAGCAACUGAAUGUCAGGCGACUGAUGCACUUGAGAGAGAAGAUCGCACUGAAAAGGAAGCAAUUACCGGGAAGGAGAAUAUAUUAUCACCUCCAAAUAUCAAUGAGCGGAAGGAUGAAAUUGAAUUCAUUCUGAAUGAGUCACAGUCAUCUCUCUCCACCAAGACUGACCCCCCAGUCGAUGGCAACCAGCCAAUUUCAUCGCAGCCGACAGACAACAAGGAUUACACAGCAGAGACUAAAGUCACGUCAGAGGAGGAUAUCACUGAGAAUAGUAAUUUGACUGCUCACUGCUCAAGUGUGGUGGCACAUGACCCGUGUGUGGCUGAGGAGUCCUGUGGGAACAAUAAUGCAGAAGACAAUGUGAAUCAAUCAUUUAAAAACAGUACGGACAGGCAAAGCUGUUUAACUACACAUGUCCAUGAUGAAAAAGAGGCAGUGAAGGGAAUCGCUGGUCAAUCUGAUGAUCAUCCCGCAUCACCAGCACUAACUGACCCCAGUCAAGAUAUUACAGAGAAAAUGGGAGAUGUGAUGAAACCAGCACUGGAGCAACAAUCUGAUGAUAAUCCUGCAGACAUGAGUUCACUGCAUACUGGUGAACUGAAAGUGGAAUGCUCAGACAAUGCCAGUGAAGAAAUAACUGUCGAAACAUCAUUACAAGAUCUGUCUCCCUCUAAAAACUCCAGCCCUUCAAAGACGUACAGUGAAGCAGACAUGUCUGUGGAGAUAGUCACCACAGACAAACCCUGCAGUCCACUACUGGUGGAAACGAAUGCAGAAAGUACUGACCGCUGCUCACCCUUCCAUGACACCCAAUCAAGCAGUCUGUUGAUCCUUUCACAGUCUGAUGGGAUCAUUAACAGUGAUUCUUGCAAAAUGACUCCAUUUAAUGACUCAUUAAAAACUGAAACAGGUCUCGUCUUUGAUCCCAUUGAGAAACCAGAGGAGAUUUUAAAUGUCCAGGACAUCAAAGAACAUCUUCCUGUUGAUUUCAUGGCAAGUCAACAAAACUCGCCGUGCAGAGAGGAGGCGGAGGAAAGUCACUGCGUCUUUUUAGACACCGCCUCAACAAUCAGCCCUCUUUUAUCAGCCUCUCAUGAAAGACCCGUGCAGAAAUUUGGCACAGAAGAGGAUUCCUGUAAGAUGAAAAAUAAAAGCAAUGAUAAAUCUGUUGAUCAAUGCUCAGUUCAAAUUGCAAAAUUUCCCAUAAACCAAGAAGAUAAACAAAACAUCAAAGAGCCUUUAAACAGCAAUGAAUUAAAUGCAGCAGCUGAGAUAAAGUAUUCCUUGAUAAGCCCACCACACCUGGACUUGGGUAUCAUGGAGUGUAAAAUCCCCAACUCUGAAGCAACCAUCUCCUCACCGCUUCCUGUGACCAGCGCAGCAGAACCGUCAGAGGUGUCGGACAGCCUCGAAAAACGAGGUCUGGUGUAUGACUUCAAGCUCAGCCCUCUCAACUACAACAGCAUCUCAGAUGAACCUCCACAACUGAAUCAAUACGACUACAUACCGAUAUCACCAGACAAUAAACCUGAGGAGAAUCUAGACAUCAAGCAGAGACCCAGAGAUGACUGUGAAUCUUGUGACCUGAGCAUUAACCCUGCACUGAUUUUUAACAAAACUGAAACGGAUACAGCAGUAUCACUGAACUCACACCCUGCAGCUAAACUACAUUCAUCAGAUGAGCCACUGGUCCUCCAGCAGAAUAUGAAAUUCACAUGUUUUUCACUGGGUCUUCCAGCUGAAUUUAAAACAACAGAUUCCUCAGCUGGUAAUGUAAAGACAAACUUGGAAGUUUUCCACCAUCCAGUUGAGAGUGUUGAGCAUUUGCAUAUAGAUGCUGACCUCCUGAACAAGGCCGAAACAGAGAAUUUAGAUUCCCACGAGGCUUCUGUUGAAGACAGUACACUUCUCAAAAAAGACUUUUCAGAUGGUCCGCCCACUCCUAAGCCACUCAUCAGCUGUGAAAACGAACAAAUGCCUCUUCCACCAGACCCAUCAGAGAGGCAACCAACAAUAGAGACUGGGCAGCGUUCAACAACGCAGCAAGUACACAAAGAAACGACGCAGAAAAAGACACAGAACGGGGCUCAACAGGGUAAAGUGCUCUGUGAAAUCUGUUUCAUGUGUUUCAGGACUGUGCCAGGUUUAAAGAGACAUAAGGCCAUGAAACAUUUGGUCAGAGCUGAAAAAUACAUCAGCCUGGAGAGCACGACAUCAAGCCAUCAGGGGACUAGGCUUAUUUAUGAAGCAUCACAAACUACAGAGAAAAAACAUAAAGAUGAUUCACAGACCUGUUACCCUGCAAAAAUAGAUGGACUACCUGAGAUAAGUAGCACUUUCAUAUCUAAAGCAGCAGAGACUGAGUCAGUCCUGGAGGAAAUGGCAACUGAGGCGAGUGCUGUGACAGCAGAUGAAAUAGGCCGUCAAAACCCUUUGCUGCCAGCAAAAGCAAAGAAGAACAACAAAGCUCAAAAGAACAAGAACAGCGAGGUAAACAUAAAGCCUGACCCUUUCUCUGAUGAGCUUCUGAAUAUAUUGAAAACAGACAUACUUCAAGCAAUAACUCCUGAAUUCAAAAGCAGUGUACUACAAGAGCACAGCAAAUCUCCUGAGGACCAGGUGAAAAUCAAUGACGGCGCUGUUUCCGGAACAGAGGAAUUCCCUCUCCAUGUUACUUCAGAAUCUGGGUUUGACAAAACAUCCGGAUCUCCAACAAAAGAGCUGAAAGCACUUAAUGAAACUGCGGAGCCAAAUCAGAUCACUGACACAGAGAUGAAAUGUACAAGCACAACAAAGACGGUAAAUUUGGAAGUGUGUGCAGAUAAUAAUGUGGAAAGUGCUGCAUCUGUAGACGAAGAGAUUAUAGGAGAAUGUGAUGAAUCCAGAAAGACUCUGUGCACUGUGGAAGAGAUGUGUGAACAGAAAGGAUCAGAAGAGAGCCUUGCCCAGGAGAUUCUGAGAAAAGUGGCAGUCGAGAUAAAAUGUGAGAAAAACAGUGGCCCUUCAGACAAGAUACAUCCUCUCUCCUGUUUGAAUUCUCCCCCUCUCAGUCCGCCCAGCAUUAGUCCCGAUCUAAGGGCCUUGCUUGAUGAUGAAACCACAUUCUCCCAGCUGUUCCCCAGAGACGAGGAGGCAAAAAGGAAAAAGUGCCCGAGGGUGUACAGCAAAAGAAACAAAAGGCAAAAGCUAUCGCCUCAUUCAAAUCUGACCCCAGACUACCUUCCGCCUGAAGCUUUUGUACAAAAUAAAAAUCAGUGUGUGGAAAACCCAGCUGCACAGACAUUCGCUGACAAUCAAACUAACCACUGUGAAUAUGAGACAAUUUCUAUUGAUGAUGCCAUCAUGUUGAAUAUGUGCCACAACGGCUCAUUGAAAGCUGAUACCAAGCCACUGUCAGAAGUUAAACAAAGCGAAAAGGAGGGUGUCCAUGAGAAUAUUAAAGAGCUCGGCAACAACCUCUUGAACCCACUUGAAAGCACAAUUGAUAAAUCUUCAAUUGAAUGGAGUGGGUCCAGUGAAUUUAGCAGCUUCAACGCUGGUUCAGCAGUGAGCUCUGACCCCAGCACUUGUAAACCAGAGAUGCCGGCUACACCCUGCCCUCUGCCGGCUGCCCCCUACACUGUGGAGCCAUGUGUCACAGAGGGAGUCCAAAGCUUCCACAGCAUCGACAUCCAAAACAUCAACACCACAUUUCAACUUCCUGAGAUUCAGUUCUUUGACUCUAAUAAAGAUAUCGCAGUAGCUCCUCCUAUUGCAGCAGUUGACGUGGAGAACAGAGACGAUGAGAAGCUGAAGAAAGUAACAGAGCGACGAGGCAGGAAACGGCAAGACGGCGGAAUGAAGGUCAAAGACAAGCAGUACAAGUGCAAAGUGUGUUUUACUUGGUUCCUCACUCUGGGCGAGCUGAACUUUCACAAACUUUCCCACAACCCCUCUCCACCUCCAACCUGCUACAUGUGCGUCCAGCGCAAAUUCAGCUCCAGGGAGCAGCUGAGAGACCAUCUGAGGGAGAAACAUGCCAAGAACAAGACUGGUAUCUGGACCUGUGGAAUGUGCUUGAAGGAGAUAUCAGAUGUGUGGAUGUACAACGAACACUUACGAGAGCACGCCACUCAGUUCGCCAGGAGAGGUCAGACUCAAGGCUCCAUGCUGGGCAUUCCUGGCUGCUUCAUGCAAGAGACGGCGGUGAAGAACUUUAUCUCCUCCAUCAUGCAGCACCGCCCCAGCAAAGCAAACAGAGAAUCCAACAAAGCUACUAAAGAAACGGACAAAGCUGAUGCCGGAGACAGCACGGUGGGAGAUGGGAACACCUCAGAGGAGUCAAAACUUCACAAGACCAAAAGCAGCAGUGGAGCAGGUGGGAAGCAAAGCACAUUCACCCCACUGGAGGUCCUUCACAAAACAGAGACGCCGAAAAGCGUGGAGAUGCAUCCGAACUGCAAAGACCCCUCCAGAGACUGCCACCACUGCGGGAAACAAUUCCCUAAACCGUUCAAACUGCAGAGGCAUUUGGUGGUUCACAAUUUGGAGAGGAUUUUCCUGUGUCACAAAUGCCCCGUCUCCUAUCAGGAGGCCCAGGAGCUGAAAGACCAUUUGAAGAGAGCUCAUGAGGAGGUGGAUGAGCUGGAUGCAAAACACACCACCCUCUACACCUGCGAGCUUUGUGCUGAUGUCAUGCAUGUGAUUAAAAAGUCCUUCAUCUGCAGCACCUGCAACUACACCUUCUCUAAGAAAGAGCAGUUUGACCGUCACAUGGAAAAGCACCUGUCAGGGGGGAACAAAAUUUUCAAAUUCCGGGGUGUUCUCAGACCUGUCAAAGUAUCUGCGUCCAAAGAAGAUGAAUGUGAUUCGCCUGCAAGUAAGAAGAGGCGAAUUCUUUCUGACAGUCUGCAAGACAACAGCUCAGACAGCGGCAUUGCAAGUGUAAGCUCGCUGCACUUGAAUCAAAACUCUGACAUGCAGCCUUCAAAACCCUCCGUGUCCACAGCGGACGACUCCACGCAGACCAUCGCCAGUGAAUACCAAAGUGACACAAACAACACAAACGUAAAGACAGAAGACAUUGCUGAGGACUACUCUGAGCUGCUUGUAGAGCUGGAAAAAUGUAUUCACAUGGGCUCGUCAGACUCAGCUACACCCAAGAAGGAGGAAAUUGACCCGACUCCCUCACCUAAUCCUGAUAAAGAGGGUAAUGGAAAAUCUAUUACGGAACCGUGUGACGUGAAAGAGGAGAAUGAGUCAGUCUGCAUUAGAGCAGAGACAACUUCAUGGUCGGCAUCUAAAGAGAGUAGUAGUGUGGGGGAGGAGAUUGUUAAAGCUAAAGAAGGCUCUGCUCAAGGUGACACUACUGAAACUGAAGGAAAACCUGAUUCACUUCCACCCAGCGAGGACUCUUUUGUCAGCUUAGGAGAAAAUCGAGACAUUUUAAAGACACCUGAGUCUGCAAAACGUGAAUCAGCUGUUCAUGUAAUGGACCAGCAGAAGGAUGAUGAUGAAAAAUGGCAUCAGAUACCCAAAGCCUUAAGCAAUGACAGCAAACAGCAGAUACUAUCUCAUGGUGCUGAGCAGGAAAGUAGCAGUCAGAUGAAAGACAAAACAACUGACAACACUAAAAGCAGCACGAAGGCUGCUGAAUCAAUGCCCGUCCUCCACGCCAAGGUUUCCCUCAACGCUUCAGCCUCAAAUGAGGACAAAGAAUCCCUCAGACCACAGAAGAAGAGGAAGGACAUGAAAUCCCCUCACAGCCUGCAGAGGGUUUCCUCUCCAGCCACUCAAGAGAACUUUGGUGUUGAUUCAAGGGCCAAAAAGAAAUUUCGCCCGAGCAAGUGUGCAAAUUCCUCCCUGCAAAGGAAGUCUGAUGGACCCAACGAGUACCCCGUGCUGUCCUCAGUACGGGACGACAGUGUUAGCAACAAAAUCAUUUCCAAGUGUAAGACUUUAAACUUGGGUUUGCAGUCGAAACGAAGUUUGCUCGAUAGCUGUGCACAAAAGAAAGCUGAGAUUGUUUCCUCUCAAAACGGGGAUUAUAAAGCCAAAAAGGGACCUCUGGGAAGAUCUUUGCAUCCUCCUAUAUCUAAAGUGACUUCAGUUCCCAUGAACAAUUCUUUGAAUAAAUCCAGGCCAAAGAUGGGGGUGAGGUCAAUGGAGAGUCAUUCCUACCGGACGGCAGAGUCCCAGAACCACCUCCUAAGCCAGCUGUUUGGCCAAAAACUCACAAGCUUUAAGAUUCCUUUAAGGAAGGACACAGAAUCUAUAAACUGAGGGGGGGGGGGGGACGAGAGGGAUCUGUGAAUGAGACUGUAAAUUUUCACAAAUAUAAAUGUUUAAGACAAUUCAUUAUGGUGAAUGAGAUUGCACAGCUCUUUUCUGUGAAAUGCUAUCUUUAAAUACUUACAUAGUCACUUUAUGUCUUCUUUGUACAUGUGUUUUUAUUACACAAAUGUGAGGACGAAUGGCUGAGAUGACUUUUGGGUCAAAAAUGGAUAUGAUGCUAGUUGGGGAAAUCAUUGAACUUUUUUAGAGAUUAUAUUUCAUUUAAAGGAGAGUAAAAAGGAAUACUUGAAAAUACAGUAAAAUAUUUUCCUCUAUGAAAUGCAUGUUCAUUUUGCAUUCAUAACAUGAUAUUUUUUUUUUCAUUUUAAGUCUCUGAAAAAGGAGCAAAUGACGUCAUAACUGACUUGGACUAUUGGCUGUGCACCUUUCGUACAUGCUUCCAGCAUAUUCAUUUUGUAUUAUUUUUUCAACUUUACUGUACUGCAUUGACAUUCAUCAUAUUAGCCUUUUGUAUAAACAUUACCUGGUGCUACAUCGUGUUUAAUUUUAAUGUGAAUGCCAAUGUCCUCGGAAGGGAACAUGAAAUCUGUAGCAGUUGCAGUACAAACAUCCAGCUGUUGUUACUGGAUUUCUGUAGUUUAUUAAAGAUACUGUGUAAACCAUCCAAGCAAUUCAUAUGUAGGCUGAUAGAACACAAAAUUAGGAAAGCUUCCAUUUUAUAAACUCAGGUGCAUACAAGGACAUCACAGUCCCAAGACCUGUUUUUGGAGUUCUUCCCAUGCACUGAUAAUACCACACAAAACACAAACUCAAUCAUCUGUGUCUGUAACUCCAAAUGUUUAAUUAUGAAUAGUAUUUACUAGGACAACAAAGGUGCUUUAUCUUGUUUAUACUGUAUGUAUCUUAUAUUGUAUAAUAUUGUAGGUAGGUUAUUGUUUGGUGUAAUGCUUCAUGUCAAAGUUUUAUUUUAAUAAUGUGCAAAAAGAAUCAGAUUGAGAAGAAAGGGAAAUGCAGUGCCUCUUGCAAGUUGUAAAGUGGUUCACUAAGUGCCUCUUUUAUAGUUGGUUAUUAAAGAUCUGUAUUGGUCCGUC